AUGUCGGCAGAGACGCACCUUUCAGAAUUGUGCCGCGGGUCUGACAUAGACGCCAUCAUAGCGCGCCUUCGUCAGGUGGCGCCACUCGAUGAGUCACAGGACUCGGACAACAUCCCGUCAAACGGCACCUCGUUCAGAAGCCUCACUGAUCGCUACGGUAUAUGGGGCUACCAGGAUGGUGACGGGCGCACGGCAUUCCACUGGGCGGUUGCCCUCAAAAACUUCGACCUCGCUCAGACGUUAAUGAGUCCUCCCUACAGCUCGCCUGUCCUGACGGAGGACGAAGAGUGGACGACACCGUUUGCGACGGCCUGCAGUGUCGGCGCGCCAGUCGAGCUGUUGCAAGCAAUUCUAGACAAAAGUAUGGCGGAGUUCGUAAAAUACGCUAGCUGGAAGGCGAAACACUUUCCUUCUGCUGCGAUAAAGUCUGUGGGGGACUCAGGCACCACACCGGUAAUCUCUGUUGAUACGACAGACGGAAAGCAGGAAGGCGCAUUAUUCAAGACAGGGGUAAGGGGAGUUUCAAUUGCGCACGAUGCAACGGCAGAGUCCAUCAUGUUCGCCAUCGUCAACUCUGAGGAGGCGACGGGGCUUACACCUCUGCUGCUCGCUGCCGGGCGUGCUCACUUGGACAUCGCGCGGUUCUUGGUGACGCAUGGCGCAGAUCUCAAUCAUCAAAACGACCGCGGCCAAUCGGCGCUGCAUCGCGCUGUGAAUCGCGGAAACGCAGCUCUCGUGGAGUACCUCGUGGCGGUGAGUGAGAAGAAAAACGGGACAAACAAAGCUGCACAGCGGCGUUUUAUGGAUCUGCAGGAUAUUCAUGGGGAUUCGGCGCUGUUCUACGCUUCGCUGGAUAACAACGAAGAGAUGGGAAGGUAUCUGCUGCGUCACGGUGCCAGCCGCGACCUGCGCAACAGAGACGGAAAGAAUUUCUGGGAAGUGUAA